CGCUGAAAUCGAUUUGACGAGCGGUGUCCAAAUGUCGCCCUAAACGAUCUCGCAGCAUAUUGAUGCCCGCCUGCAGGACGGCCGCCAUAUCCUCUUCUAAUAAAUUGACGACGAGGCCUUACUUGUUGACGUUGCUGGACCUGUUGAACAGGUCGUUGGAAUGUUGGACGAAAAGGUGUUGUCCCAAAAGUUGGAUAAAAAGGGGGUGCCGAAUAAAUUGUCGGCAAUGUAGGUGGAUAGUAGGGUGGUCGUUGAUUAAAAUAAGGAAAAGGCGUGUAUGGAUUAUGGAAAACAGGUGGUUGUUGAUAGCCUCCUGAUGCUUGAUCUGAAUUUGAAUUUACUACCUUUACUAUGACCGGGGCAGAUUCUUUUUGGGGCUUUUGACGGUUUUGAGACGUUCCUUGAUUUCUGUAGUUUUUAGUAAAAAAAUUGCGCUGUUGAGCGCUUUGUUGUCGGAAUUUAUUCUCAAUUUUUCUUUCCAAAUUAGAAUUGUUUGGUGGUGGUCUGGACGAACAAAUUGAAACCUUGUCCAGUUUUUCUUGAAUAUUUUCCAGUUUUGCUAA